UCCCUGACAAAGGACCCCUGAGGACUCCUGCCUGCACAGGUAAUUUGCAUGAAAAUGCCAUGUCCUCAAUAUUAGGAAGAAUUUCUUCACGGAAAGAGUGAUUAGACACUGGAAGGGGCUGCCCGGGGAGGUGGUGGAGUGGCUGGAUGUGACACUCGGUGCUCUGGUCUGGGUGACGAGGUGGUGAUUGGUCACAGGUUGGACUCAGAGGUCUUUUCCAACCUCAGUAAUUCCGUGACUGAGGGUUUUCUCUAAAUGUUUAAUAUUCAGAAUUCUGUAGAAUACUUUGUGCUGAUGAGAGCUAACCCAGUAUACCAAAAGAUGUGGCAUGCUGGUACAAGCUUCUGGUACCUGCUCGUGGCUGUCAGGGGGAUUAGUUCCCUUGGUUGUUUUGGGGGGGAAUCUUGGGUGAGAAAGUAAAGUGGGAGGACUCUUAAAAAUUGCAAUAUGUGUCUCUUUUGGAUGAUUGCAUGCUGUGAGAAGAUGGUAGGAUCUCUCAAGAGACCUUAGCACUGGGUGGUUAUGCUUACAAACUAAAUAUAACAAUUUCUGCUUGCCAGAGAAUCUAAAGAAAAAAAAAACCCCAGAUUUUCAAAAGGCAGAGUGGGUGCCUCAGCUAUUUCACUUUUCCCCUGUGUGCAGGUCAUUUGUCAAGCUCCCCCUGAGCACUGUUUGUUUAACUUCAUGUCACUCCAAAGAGUAAAUAUCUGAAGUUAUGGAUUAACUAAAUUCCACAGAGCUCAUGGCGGAAGAAUAGAUCACCCUGAUUCCCACUGAACAAAGCAGUGACUCCUGCUGCAGGAUGUGGAAGCACCUCGCCCUCGGGCUGCUGCUGGCUGCCUGCUCUGCUUGGGUCUGCGACACCUCAAUAUUUUACAGCACUGAAGAUGCAAACCAGGUCCUGAGGAUCCAGAAGCGGGCGAACUCUUUCCUGGAGGAGCUCAAGCCGGGCUCUGUGGAGCGGGAGUGCAUUGAAGAGCGCUGUGACUUCGAGGAGGCCAGUGAGAUAUUUGAAACCAAGGAAUCAACACUCAAUUUUUGGAGCAAGUAUGUAGAUGGAGAUCAGUGUGCGCCACAGCCUUGUUCCAAUGGCAUCUGCAAGGACAAUAUUGGAAAAUUUUCCUGCAUCUGUAACAAAGGCUGGGAGGGGUUUUUCUGCAAUUAUGAAGUCAAGUACACCAACUGUUCCGUGGAUAACGGGGGAUGUGACCAUUUCUGUAGGGAUGACCCUGCCAACCAGGGCCGCUCGUGCAGCUGUGCAUCGGGGUAUCAGCUCAUGAACGACCACAUCACGUGCAAGCCUGUAGUGGAGUUCCCCUGUGGGAGAGUGAAGGUGGACGACACUGAAGCCAAAGCAAACCUCAAUAUUCGGCUCAUUGAGGGAACAGCUGCAAGAAGGGGAGACAGCCCUUGGCAGGUUAUGCUGCAAAGUACAAGUGGGAAGUUUCUGUGUGGGGGUGUUCUCAUCCAUCCAGCUUGGGUCCUAACAGCAGCACACUGCCUUGACACACCAAAGGAGCUCAAAGUAAGACUUGGUAAAUUCCUUUUCCGUCGUCGUGAUGUCGACGAGCAAAUCAUUCGGGUGGAUAAACAGGUGAUCCACGAGAACUACACCAAGAAGACGCUGGAUAACGACAUAGCCAUGCUGCACCUGGCCGAGCACGCCAUGUACUACAAGUACGCGCUCCCCAUCUGCCUCCCCGCCCGCAACCUGGCCGAGCAGGAGCUGACGAGGAGCGGGCAGCAGAUGGUGGUGACGGGCUGGGGCAGCACGAGCGACGUGAACGUCAGCUACCCCACCUCCCUGCACUACAUCGAGAUCCCCAUCGUGCCCCGCAACGAGUGUGCCCCCGCCAUGGCCUCUCCUGUCUCCGACAACAUGCUGUGUGCCGGGAGCCUGGGAGACAGGAAGGAUGCCUGCCUUGGGGACAGCGGGGGCCCCAUGUCCACCAAAUACAAGGAUACUUGGUUUUUGGUAGGACUGGUGAGCUGGGGCCAUGGCUGUGGGAGAAGGGAGAAAUUUGGAGUCUACACCAAAGUUAGUCAGUACCUGGAGUGGAUCCAGCACCACAUAGAUGUGUCAACUCCUUUGAAGGUCAUUAAGAGAGCUGGCUCUGGCUCUCUUUUCUCCUCCCCCUUUUCCCUUGGGACAGGACUUAAGGAUGGAGGAACAUUAAAUAAGAAUGCUUUGAACAGCACCCUUCUCAGCAGGCCUGCACCAGAACAGAAAGAAAUCAGGAGGUCAGUGUUCUGGAUGCUCACUAACAUGGAGAGCAGCUCCUCACUUGGGAGAUUUCUCCUGCUGAUGUGCUUCAUUGACAGCAACUGCCUGUUUUCAUAUGAAGUGUUUGUGAGAAAAGACAAAGCCCACGAGGUGCUGCGAGUCCACAAACGUGCCAACCACUUCCUAGAAGAGAUUCGACCAGGGAACUUGGAGAGAGAAUGCAAUGAGGAAAAGUGUUCAUUUGAGGAGGCCAAGGAGAUCUUCCAUUCGCAGGAGAAAACGAUGGAGUUUUGGUUCAAUUACAAAGGUUUAAAUCCAUGUAGUACAAAUCCCUGUAACAAUGGUGGAGUCUGCAAAAUAAGACAUUACAGUUACUUUUGCAUCUGCCCCCCAGAAUUCAAAGGACACAACUGUGAAAUAGAGAGGUUGGAGUGCUGGUACAAGAACGGCGGGUGCUGGCAGUACUGCAGGGACAGCAGCGCCCUCCACGUGGAGUGUUCCUGCGCCAGGGACUACACCCUGCACGAGGACGGGAGGAGCUGCGUGCAGGCAGCACCGUUUCCCUGUGGCUUGAUCAAAGCCAGGCAGGCUCUGGAGGAACAGCGGCGGGGGCCAAAAAGCCUCCUGAGGAGCCAGUGGGAGCACAGGGAUGUGCCUGAGCUGAACAGGAGCACAGAGGGCACAGCUGGGCAGAUGGAGCUGGAACACAGUGAUGUUGGGGAAAAGGAGACCAUAAAGGAUGCCUUCGGGCAUGCUGGACUAACGGAGGUGGCAGGAGAUGCUUCCAGCUGCAAAAAGACAGUGGUGGGCUCUGUGUCCCAGAAGCCCCUGGGGGAGGAGCUGGAUGGCCCUGAGAACCACAAGGCAGUGGAGGGAACUGGGAGAGGCCUGGCUGAGCCAAGCCAGGGCCCAGCAUGGCAGAACAAGAGCACAGCACCUGCUGCCAGGCAGGAAGGAACAGGGGGAAACACCACAGGGCAAAACCAACGAGGGGAGGGCACUGGCAGGAACAGAACGGGGGCUGUUCAACACAGGAGUGAUGGGCUGCAUCAGAGCAGGGACGGGGGAGACGGUCUGGACGUGCCUCAGCCCACCCAGGCAAACAUCAGCUCUGCUUUGGAGCACGGGGACCCCAGGAUAACAGGAGGAAUGCUGUGUCAUCGUGGACAUUGCCCCUGGCAGGUGCUGAUCCGGGACAGCCGGGGCGUGGGGUUCUGCGGCGGGAGCCUCCUGAGCAGCCGCUGGGUGGUCACGGCCGCGCACUGCCUGGACCUCGUGAGCCCCCACCACGUCACUGUGGGAGACUUUGACAAAUACCAGAGAGAGUUCAAGGAGCAGAAGAUCGCUGUGGAGCGGAGCUGGACGCACCCUCACUACGAUUCCAACGACUACAACGGUGACAUCGCGCUGCUCUACUUGAGCAGUGCCGUUGUUUUCAACGAGUACGCGAUUCCCAUCUGCCUGCCCAGCCCCGGCCUGGCCGCGCUGCUCUCCGAGGAGGGGCGGCUCGGGGUGGUGAGCGGCUGGGGAGCCACCCACGCCCGCGGCUCCCCCCUGCGCUUCCUCAUGAAGGUGCGGCUGCCCCUGGUGAGCCUGGAGCGCUGCCAGCGGGCCAUGGACAGGCUGGUCACCGACAACAUGCUCUGCGCGGGGCACGGCACCGCGGCCACCGACGCCUGCAAGGGGGACAGUGGGGGCCCCUUCAUCGCCUCCCACCGCAACACCUGGUUCCUCCUGGGCAUCGUCAGCUGGGGCGAGGGCUGUGCCCAGCAGGGGAAAUACGGGGUGUACACCAGAGUAGCCAACUACGUCCCCUGGAUUAAAGAGGUGGUUGAAAGCGUAGCAGAUUCAGAAAACUUUUCCAUUAACUUUUCUUAAUGCCAGCUACAGGAGCAGGAAUAAUUCUACUAUUACAGUGUUUCAGUCUACAACACUGGGCCUGUUCUUGUCCUUAAUGGUGUAAAAUU